AUGUCCGACAGUUCAAUCGCUAGCGCCUCUUCCGAAGGCAAGGUGCCCACUUACAUGGGGCUCAAGGGCCAGAAACUCAAUACUGCCAUCACCACCAUCUGUGGUGUCGGUUUCCUCUUGUUCGGUUACGACCAGGGUGUCAUGGGCUCGCUUUUAACGUUGGAGACGUUCAGAUCCCGUUUCCCCGAAAUUAACACCGUCGACAACGACGACCUUCAUCACUCCACAAUGCAAGGUUUGACGGUGGGACUUUACGAAAUCGGCUGUUUGUCUGCGGCGCUUUCCACCAUGUACUUGGGUGACAAGUUUGGCCGUUUGAAGAUGAUCUUUUCCGGCUGUGUGAUUAUGAUCAUUGGUGGUAUUUUGCAAACCGCUGCUACAAACACGGAUUUCUUGAUUGUGGCUCGUGUUAUUUCUGGUUUGGGCAACGGGUUGCUCACCUCCACGGUGCCCCUUUACGCUGCCGAGUGUUCUAGAGCCAACAACAGAGGUAAGUCUCUUUGUAUCCACGGUUCCUUGAUCACUUUUGGUAUUUGCAUCUCGUACUGGAUCGAUUUUGCUUUCUACUUUACAGAGAAAUUUGGCGAGGUGUCCUGGAGAUUCCCCAUCGCUUUUCAGCUCGUUUUCCCUAUUGCCAUUGUGGCGUUUUUGUUCAAGUUCCCAGAAUCGCCUAGAUGGCUUAUGGGACAGUCCAGACCCGAGGAGGCUGCUACUGUGUUUGCUUCUUUGUACGACAAAACUCCAGACCACCCUUUUAUCAAGCAGUUGAUCGAGGAUAUCAGGAUUUCCUUGCACGCUGAGGAGAAGGCUGGCGGUAACAAGUUCUCCCUCAAAAACCUCAUCAAACAAGGCGACAGAAAGAACUUCCAGAGAGUCAACUUGGCUGCUUGGUCGCAGGUGAUGCAGCAGAUCUGUGGUAUCAAUUUGAUCACCUACUACGCCGGUACGAUUUUCGAGAGUUACAUCGGCAUGGAGCCCUUGGAGUCUCGUAUUUUGGCCGCCUGCAACGGUACCGAGUACUUUUUGGCUUCUUUGAUCCCCAUUUUUGUGAUUGAAAAAGUCGGCAGAAGAAAGCUUUUCCUUUUCGGCACCACCGGUCAGUGCUUGAGUAUGCUUUUCCUUUACGUUUCCAUGGAAAUGGCCAAGCAGGACAAACCUGGAGCUCCAAUCGGUGCUGCCUUUUUGCUUUUCGCUUUCAACACUUUCUUUGGAAUGUCGCUUUUGUCACUCACCUGGUUGUACCCUCCAGAAGUGUCCUCCCUUGAAGUCAGAGCUCCUACUACUGCCAUUUCCACCGCCUGCAACUGGGGUUUCAAUUUCAUGGUUGUCAUGAUCACGCCAAUCUGCUUCAACGCCAUCGACCACCACACAUACCUCAUCUUUUUUGGAAUCAACUUACUCAUGAUUCCCGUGUUUUACUUCCUUUACCCCGAAACCAAGGGCAGAUCUUUGGAGGAGGUGGACCUUAUUUUCGCCGAGACCCCGGUCUGGAAGCCAUGGAAGGCUGUCCACAUUGCGGCCACUUUGCCAUAUCUCCACGAGAACGAAGGCAAGGACUCCGAUAUCGAAAAGUCCGAUGUCGAGAAGCUCAAGAAUAACUUUGAGCACGUUGAGCACGGUUACGACUCGUCCAAGGGUCUGGAUUGA